AAGAUAUGAUUAGCUGGGAGUGUGGUAAUGUGGAGCGUCAGUGAGGCCGGGGCAGCUGCUCUACCCUCACACCUCGCCCCUACACUCCUCAACCCUUCUUUAUCAUCCCUGACAAGUGUAGGGAGGAGGAGGAGGAGGAUGAGGUUCAGUUUCCCCCGACUGUGCCUGGCCCUCAACACCCUGCUGGUGCUGGCUCUCUGCUGCGUCUGGCUCACCAGUGUACACAACGACCAGUCCUCGCUCGCCGCAAUCAUACAGCAAAUGAAUGUGUCACUAGAAGAAGUUGUAUGUGAAUGGGUUAAAGAGGAAGAAGAAGAGGAGGAGGAAGCCAAUGACUCAGUGAUGCGGAAGAUGUACGGGGAUGCCAGUGAGUGCGUGAGUGGAGGGUUGAAGCCGUCCGUGUACCAGCGGGGAGAGUACUGGGUCCUGGAGAACUACAUCCCCGCCCUCCGCACCUUCCCCUGUAACCAGUCCAUCACCUACACUACCCACGCUGACUACACCUUCCUUCACAACCUGGAGCCCCUCACCUCUCGCUGGCAGGGUCCCGUGAGCGUGGCGGUGUACACCCCGGGAGAGGACUUCCAACACACCGUCGAGGUCGUCCUCCACCUCCGCAACUGUGGCGGACCCAACAUCCAGGACCUCGUCAGCUUCCACUUUAUCUUCCCCACCGCUCACCCCCCUCCCCAGGUGGGGCCGCAGGUGCCGCCGACGGAGGAGCUGCUGGCGAGGGAGAGCGACUGUGAGCAGCAGCAGCUGGCCAACUUAACGUCGAGGGCCUCGUACCGUCACCAGCAGGGCCUCUUGUACCCCAUCAACGUGGCCAGGAACACCGCAAGGCAAGCCGCCCGCACCUACUUUGUCCUCCCUUCAGACAUCGAGCUCUACCCUUCCAUCAACUUCAUCCCUGAAUUCUUGAAGAUGCUGAUGCGUGGAGACGUGUCGACCAGUAACAAACCUCGGGUCUACGUCCUUCCAAUAUUUGAGGUGCAGGCGGACGUGCCGCCGCCUGAGACUAAAACUAAUCUUCUUCGGCUGUUAAGGUUCAGGAGAGCGAUCCCCUUCCACGCUUACGUGUGUAAAAGCUGCCACAAUCUACCUAAAGCAAAGAUGUGGAGACGCACGAGGGAAACAAAAGCACUUUCGGUACUGCAUGUAGCUAAACGAACAGGCCCCAGCCACAAAUGGGAGCCCAUCUACGUGGGCACCAACGCCGAGCCCUGGUACGACGAGCGGCUCUCCUGGGAGGGCAAGAGCGACAAAAUGACCCAGAUGUAUGCGCUGUGUGUGAAAGAUUACGAGUUCCACAUCCUGGACAACGCCUUCCUGGUUCACCGCCCUGGCAUCAAGAAGAAGCAGAAAGACAGCACCAGGGAGGCUAUUGUAUCCACUCAAACCAAGCUCAUCAAAACACAAAUUAUCGAAGAAUAUACGAAUAUUUAUGGAAGAAGAGAGAAAUGUGUCAUGUAGUGAUAUAUAUAUAUAUAUAUGUAUAUAUGUUUCAUUGAAUAUGACCGCAUAUUCUGUAUUUAUUAUUUUCU